AUGGUGUUCCCCGGAAUUUGUUCAAUUGCUCGCUUUGCAAAGGUGCACCCCGUAGCCAGAACAGUUUCUUUUCGUUGUGCAUCUUCAUCAACGCUUGAGAGCCAAUUGGAGCUGGCAAAACAAUGCUUCACCAGCUCGAGUAUCACCGAAAAAAUUGAAGUGCUGCAAAGUUCGUUGCCUCCGAAGUCGGGACAUAGCAAUAGCGUUCGCAUAGGAAUUGUUGCUGCAAAACCAGAAAUUAGAAACAAACUGACCAAUGUGCUCCUAUGUGAUCCUUUAGACUUUGAAGGCUGGUAUACUGAGUUUAGCAAAAGACCGACUGACACAGCGAAUGUGGUCAAAUUUGGUACAGGACUGGAAUCUCAGGAUGUGGGAAAUGCGCGUUUUUACAACGUGCCGUCGCCGUUUUUAAGUGCUGAACUGAGACCAGCCUACCAUGGCAAGAUAGGCGAGAGCGGGUCUUCCGAGUCUGGUGAUCCUGGAAUGAAUAAGGAGUUUUUCAACAAUCUGGAGGUUCUCGAAGUUUCAGAUCUCAAACUUGAGGAGCCUGGUAUAGUUAAGGGUGUUUCAGAGAUCCAAUUGUCUGAAUCUUUGAAGGCCACCAGACCCUUUCUUGGAUGCAACAUCUACAUCUUUGUGAAAUCCCAGUUUAGUGACUCACCUGAUCCCAAAUUUUCCAGUUGGCCUAUGAUACAGGUAUUGGAUACUCCUGAGGUGAAUGAAUAUCUUGCUACCCCGAUUUCGGAUUUGGUGGUGGACCUCGAUGCUACCGAGACCGCAAACGAGCUGCUGAUGACAUCAACAUCAAACUCGAGCCAGUUCCUAUCACUCACUAAGAAAUCAAACAUAAACUCCUUGUUGUACGAAAUCAACAAACAGACCAGUGGGAAGAAGCCAAUUGUAUCGCUUCUGAAGUGUUUGGUUCAUGAGAUGUACUCGGAAUUGAGCUCCGAACAUGAGGGCCACAAUGGAAAGGCUUCCUCUGAACUCUAUAUGGCAAGACAAAAUGCUCAACUAACGGAUAAAGAAGCCCGUUUUUCUACAGAAAUUCACGAUUGGGCUCAAAGAUCGCACCUUGAAUUGCAAUCGGAGAUUAUCCCAUUCCUCGACAAUCAAUUCGUGUACACGUUUGGUAAGAUACCCCAGAUUCUGCUGAACGUUGAUGAAUUCGAUCUUGUGCUUUCACGCGCUCUUUUUGGUACGAGCAAGUCCCAAAAUUCAGGUUGGUUUUCGCGUUCGGUGAGCGGGAAUGGCUUUUUGUCUGCUUCCCAGGCAAGGUUUGACUAUAUUCUGGGAAAGAUCGAUGGGCUGCCCAGUGAUAUUUCAGAAGACCAUUAUGUGACAUCCGUCAAAUCUUAUUUGCCAGAAACAUCCGCCAUUGAGUCUGUGAAGACGGCAGCCACAAAUGAAAAAUUGGUGAUGCUGCAAAAGCUGGUGAACAAAUCGAUUAUCUCUAACCUGGGCUUGGUCAAUCUGCCUGUAUUCUUCGUGGUCUCGCUUCUUCAUUUGUAUGGGCACAUUGAUCUCAACACGGGCGGAGCCUUAUUCGUCUUAAGUCUGGGAUUGACACUCAAUAAUAUCAGCAAGGAUACAGGCAAGCUGCUGGAAGGGUUCAAGGUGUGGUAUGUGGAAGAAUUACGCAAGUCGAUUGAUCAAAGCAAAGUACUGCUGAUGUCUGCACUAGCUGAUAAGAUAUCGGGUACCAAAAAGCGGCUUUUGAAGAAGUUCAAGGUCAUUAGUGAUAUAGAGAAAGGGAUUGAGGGUUUGGAACAAUAG